AUGCGGCGCUGCCCGUGGCUGCCGCUGCUGCUGCUGGUGUCUGCGCUGGGCGGGGGCGGGCGCGGGGCGGCGGGCACGCCCUGCGAGUGCGUCGGCGACACGCUCGACUGCUCGUUCCGCGACCGCGACGCCAUCGCCCUCAACGACACGUGCCCGCACGCCGUCAAGGUGGUGCUCAAGGGCAACCGCCUGCAGAGCGUGCCCGACGGCCUCAGCGACGACGUCGUCGAGAUCGACGUCAGCUCCAACAGCCUGAGCGCGCUGCCCAACGCGUCGGCGCUCAGCCCGGGCCUCAGGGUGCUGGUGGUGUCGGAGAACGACAUCGCCGACGCCAGCGACGAGCUCAAGGCGCUCGCCGACCUCGAGGUGCUGCGCGUCAGCAAGAACCGCCUCACCACGCUGCUCUUCCUGCCCGAGCCGUGCGCGCUGCGCCGCCUCGACGCCUCCAUCAACGCCAUCGGCAGCCUGGACGGCCCGCUGCAGCAAUGCACGCAGCUGGAGAGGCUCAACCUCGCCAGCAACAACCUGGCCCCGCUGCCCGACGGCACCUUCUCGCAGCUCACGCGCCUCCUGCACCUGGACCUGGCCAACAACCCGCUCACCCGCCUCUCGCCUAGAACGUUCCACGGCCCUCAGAUGCUCGAGUACCUCGACCUGAGCCAGACGCACCUGCACCGCCUGCCGAGCGACGUGUUCGGGGACGUGUCGCGGCUCCGCACGCUCCACCUCAGCGGCAACAAACUCACGACGCUCCCCGACGGCUUGUUCAAAGACCUGGAGAUCCUGGAGGACCUGUACCUGGACGAGAACCAGCUGCUGGAGCUGCCCGAGAAGAUGUUCGCGGGGCUGCACACGCUGAAGCACCUGCGCGUCAACGACAACCACCUGAGCGCGCUGCCGGUGCUGGACGCGUGCUGCGACCGCAUGGACUACGCCUUCUUCCACAACAACAACGUGAGCGCGCCGAGCGAGGCGGCGCUGCGCGCGCUGCUGGGCGACGGCAGCCAGCGCUACGUCGACCUCAACAACAACCCGCUGCGCGCGGCGUCGCUGCGCUGGCUGCUGCGCGUGCACGACGCGCUCACGGCCGUGGCCGAGGACGACUGCGCGUGCGGCAGCGUGCACCGCCGCAAGGCCACCGUGCGCCUGUGCGUGGACGCGCCGUGCGGCGCGCGCGCCGCGCCCAGGGACUGGGUGGCAGCCGUGCGCGCGGCCGAGGAGGACGGCGCCGGCGCCGAGGGCGGCUGCGAGGACGGGGACGACGGCUGCGAGGGCGCGGCGGCGGACGCCAGCGACGAGGACGAGCAGGCGGCCGCCGCGCGGAGGGGCGUGGGAGGCGAGGACGCCGCCGCGGGCGCCGCCGGCGCGCCUGAGGACGGCGGCCACGAGGAGGAGGACGUCGCCCACGCGGGCCACGGCGCGCGCCCGGCCAGCAGGGCCUCGGCGAGGACGGCGCGCGCCGCCGUGUGCUCGGGCAUCCUCGCGUACUUUGUGUUGACCGAGUGGAAUUUUGUUAUUCUGUAG